CUCUCAUGAUCUCAUCCCUCUCCCACACAGACCCUAAAGUUCUCUUCACAAAGGACUUCAUCUUCCCUUCUCUCUCUCCCUCUCUCUAUCUUUCUAAACCCUAACCUCAAUAGAAUCAGCCCUGAGAUGGCCAAGGAUGUGCCGGAGCAGGGGUCGUUCUCAGCCAAGGACUACCACGACCCGCCACCUGCCCCGCUCAUAGACGCGGUGGAGCUGACCAAGUGGUCCUUCUACCGCGCCAUCAUCGCCGAGUUCAUCGCCACUCUCCUCUUCCUCUAUGUCACCGUCUGCACUGUCAUAGGCUACAAGAGCCAGACUGACCCGAACAAGCCCGGGGUCGACCAAUGUGGCGGCGUCGGCAUCCUCGGCAUUGCCUGGGCCUUCGGUGGCAUGAUCUUCAUCCUUGUUUACUGCACUGCUGGAAUUUCCGGAGGCCACAUAAACCCUGCGGUGACCUUCGGGCUAUUUCUGGCCCGGAAGGUGUCCCUGAUUCGAGCAAUUAUGUACAUGGUGGCCCAGUGCUUGGGUGCUAUUUGUGGGGUCGGGCUCGUCAAGGCCUUCCAGAACUCUAACUACAACCUCUACGGCGGUGGAGCCAAUGAGCUCGCCACGGGCUACUCAACCCGAGUCGGGCUGGGGGCAGAGAUCAUCGGGACCUUUGUGCUCGUCUACACUGUCUUCUCUGCCACCGAUCCCAAGAGGAGUGCCAGAGAUUCUCAUGUCCCGGUGUUGGCCCCGCUGCCUAUUGGAUUCGCGGUCUUCAUGGUUCACUUGGCCACCAUCCCCAUCACCGGGACCGGCAUCAACCCCGCGAGGAGUCUCGGUGCUGCGGUCAUCUACAACAAAGAGAAAACCUGGGAUGACCAGUGGAUGUUCUGGGUUGGACCGUUCAUCGGGGCAGCAAUAGCAGCAUUCUACCACCAGUUCAUAUUGAGGGCAGGCGCAGUUAAAGCUCUUGGUUCAUUCAGGAGCAGCACUCAUGUUUAAUCUUAAUUUCUUCUUCCAAAAAGAGAAAAAAAGAGCGAAAUAUUUCCCUAAUGAAAUUUACGUGCGAAGCUGUCAAACUUCAUUCAAAAUAGGGAAAUCAAAAUUAUGAUAUGAUCAUUAUGGGUGUAUGACGGGAGAUUUCUUUUAUGUAUGUCUUAUGUUGUAUGUGAUGUGGGGAGCCUUUUUCUAUCCCUUUUGGCCCUUCUUAAUUUUAUAGAAUUUGUACUUUGGUAGAUUAUUGAGUUUUCUAGUGUUA